AUGUCGGAGAGCACCAGCAAGGCCGAAGAAGCAGUCUUGAUCCAGUCAGUGCCGAUGCCUGCUGGCUCGGUGAAAGUGAGGGGAUACGACUUCAACGAGGGUCUCGACUACGAUCGUCUCCUUGGAAGCUUUCUGAGCAGUGGUUUCCAAGCGACCAACUUCGGGCUGGCGGUCGAGGAGGUCAAUAAGAUGCGCCAAUGGCGCCUCAGCGACGAGCCUGUUGCUGAGGACGAGGACGAGGAACUGAAGAGUAUCGAGGCGAGAAGCAAGGUCAAGUCAACUAUCUUCUUGGGGUACACGAGCAACAUGGCGUCUUGCGGAGUGAGGGAGACGAUCCGAUAUCUGUGCCAACACAAGAUGGUCGACGUGGUGGUUGCCACUGCUGGAGGGGUAGAGGAGGAUUUCAUCAAAUGCCUGGCCCCGACGUACAUCGGAAGCAACGGGUUUGACCUCGACGGCAAGACCCUGAGGAAGCAAGGUCUGAACAGGAUCGGCAACAUGCUGGUACCCAACGAGAACUACUGUCGCUUCGAGGAAUGGUUGAUGCCCAUUCUCGACAAGAUGCUCGAUGAGCAGCUCGCAACCGGAGAGCCCUGGACUCCUUCCAAGUUCAUCAAGAGACUGGGACUGGAAAUCAACAACCCUGAGAGCAUCUACUACUGGUGCGCCAAGAACGAUAUCCCCGUGUUUAGUCCGGCUCUCACCGACGGGUCCAUUGGCGACAUGCUCUUCUUCCAUUCUUACAAGCGAACUGGACUCGUGCUGGAUCUAGUUGGCGACAUCCGCGAGAUCAACAUGAAGGCGAUGAAAGCAAGGCACACGGGUGCAAUCAUCAUCGGUGGAGGCGUCGUAAAGCAUCACAUCAUGAACGCAAAUUUAAUGCGAAAUGGAUGCGACCAUGCUGUCCUGAUCAACACAGGUCAGGAGUACGACGGCAGCGACAGCGGCGCAAAGCCGGACGAGGCGAUUUCAUGGGGAAAGAUUAAGAUGAACGUGACGCCUAUCAAGAUCUACGCAGAGGCCACCAUCGUGUUCCCCCUGCUAGUGGCGCAGACGUUCGCGAAAGAUGGCCCACGCGAGAAAGUUUGA